AUGCCUAUUCUUCAACCAGAACUCAUCACUGAAAUCCUCUUAAGGGUUCCAGUCAAAUUCCUUUUGAAAUUCAGGUCUGUUUCAAAAUCUUGGCUUGCUUUAAUAAUUAGCCCUGAAUUUAUCCAGGAACAUUUUAGUGUAUCUGCUGAUAACAAGGAAUGCACUCACCAUAGGCUCAUGAUGAAAGUGGAUCAACCUAAUAACAAUCUUAAGGACUGUUCUCUUAGAUCUUUGCUUUAUGAUGAAUUUGUUAUUGAGGCAUCUACCUUUGAUAUCCCAGGAGAAAUUCCAGUGAAUCUUUCGGGGUUGUGGGGUAGUAUGUAUAAUUUCAAUUACCAGCAUGGUAGUUUGCCUCUUCUUGAGGUCAAAGUAUAUAGUUUAAAGAGUGAUUCUUGGAGAAGUAUGGAGGAUUUUGAGGAUGGGGUGCGCUUCAGGAAUUCGGGUCUGUUUUUAAAUGGGAAACUUCAUUGGACUACUUCUUGUGGUCUUGGCGAGCAUAGUCCUCGAGGGCCUCGGGGCAUCGUCUCUAUUGAUAUGGUUGAUGAGAAAUGGGGAAAGGAGUAUGGGGUUAAAGAGUGUUGGACAAAAAUGUAUACCAUCAAAUGUCCCAGUGAUCUUGAGACUUGUUUUCUUUCCCCUUCAUGUUACAUGUCAAAGAAAGGUGAAAUUCUGGUUGUUUGUGGAACAUAUCGGAUGAUACACAAUCAAGAGGAUACACCAUUGGUUAUCAAAAAGAUAUACAAUCCAAAGGAUGAUUCGAUUAGAUAUGCAGCGGUUACAAACUUACGCAUAACGGAAAUCUACAUUGAGAGCCUUGUCUGUCCUCUUCCACAAAACCAACCAAGGAUUUUUCAAAAACGAAGGCUGCAGAUGCUCAGAUGA